UUUUACUUUGCAGGAGCCUACAUUGAUCUAUUGGAUAUUAAAAUAGGACUACCACGAGCAAAUCCAUGUUCUGGAAAGACAAAUCUGCAGAGUGAUGCUUUAUUUACAAUUAUCGAUGAACAAGUGAAACGAAAUCCGGAUGAAGUUAAGAAAAUUAAUGCUAUCUUCCUUUACAAUAUUACCGUUGACGGCAAACCAGCAGCUGAAUGGACUCUUGAUUUAAAGAAAGGUGAAGUACACAAGGGAAAACCAAAAUCUGAAAAAGCAGACACGACGCUCACUAUAGAUGAUAAAGAUAUGGUUGAAAUAGCACUAGGAAAAUUGAAUCCACAAUUGGCAUUUAUGCGUGGUAAAUUGAAAAUAAAUGGAAAUAUUAUGCUCAUACAAAAGUUAAAAAAUUUUAUGGACACUUACAAAGCAAAGUUGUGAUUCUUUUUAUAUUGUUAUUAUUGUUAUAGUUUUAACCAAAUAAUCUAUAAAAAUAGUAAAUUACAAAUUUAUAUAAAACCUGAAAAUGGAAAUAUUUGUAUAAGUUGGGGAUAUGCAUACAUCUUAUAUAUUGUUAUUAUUUGCUUUGAGAGAAACUUGUAAAGAAAAUAUUGGGAAAAUGUUGAAUUUCUGAGUUUAUACACUUGUAUUAUAAUACAUUUAUAAUAAUAAAGUUACAUCAAAAUAAUAAUAA